GGGAGGUGGGGCUGGCUGGGCUCGCGGUGUGGAGCCCGUGGCUUUCUCUGUACUCCCAGCUUCAACCGCUCUGCCGGCCGAGUCCCUGCUGGUGGCCGAUCCCCAGCCCCCGGUGUACUAGCCCUGUCCUGGUACCCACCUGAGUCAAAUGAUGAGAAUGGAGAACCUACUGAUAACUUGGUACCAACUAUUUUGGAUAAGGCUCAUAAAUAUAAUCUGAAGUUUGUAUAUGGAAAUCAUCCAGCCUUUUACAGGUACACGACAAGGACCGGCAAUGCUCUUCCUGUGUUUUAUGUCUAUGAUUCUUAUAUCACCAAGCCUGAAAAAUGGGCCAAUCUGUUAACCACCUCAGGGUCUCAGAGUAUUCGCAAUUCGCCUUAUGAUGGACUGUUUAUUGCACUUCUAGUAGAAGAAAAACAUAAAUAUGAUAUUCUUCAAAGUGGUUUUGAUGGAAUUUACACAUAUUUUGCCACAAAUGGCUUUACUUAUGGCUCGUCCCAUCAGAAUUGGGCUAGCCUAAAAUUCUUUUGUGAUAAGCACAACUUAUUAUUUAUCCCAAGUGUGGGCCCAGGAUACAUAGAUACCAGCAUCCGUCCAUGGAAUACUCAAAACACUCGGAACCGAAUCAAUGGGAAGUAUUAUGAAAUUGCUCUUAGUUCUGCACUUCAGGCCCACCCCAGUUUAAUUUCUAUCACCUCUUUUAAUGAGUGGCAUGAAGGAACUCAGAUUGAAAAAGCUGUUCCCAAAAGAACCAGUAAUACAGUGUACCUAGAUUACCGCCCUCAUAAACCAGGUCUUUAUCUGGAACUGACUCGUAAGUGGUCUGAAAAAUUCAUUAAGGAAAGAGCAACUUACACAGUAGAUCACUAGCUGCCUAUUUCUUAAUGCAUUGAUUAAAAUUUAAUAAUUAUCAAAUCAACUAAUUUUAAUAAAUGCCUUUGUUUUGAGUUAUGGCAAGAAAACUGCCAAAGUUAGUAUACAUUAUCACUGUUAUCUUUAAAAAAAUAAUUUUUUACUUUAUUAGAGAUAAUAGUAUCAUUGCCACCCUUCACAAUACUGCACUGAGAAUAUAUCUGAGGGAAAAGCUGUGUGAAUAAGAUUCCUUGUGGCAUAAUUGACUGCAUUUCUGACUGAAAGUGAAAUUCUGAUUUGAUGGCAAUUUAAUGUCUUUCGCAGUAGAUAAAUCCUUUUGUUACAUAAAGCAGUUAGUGCACAGUUAAAUCAUACUUGCAUCCUAGGCCCAAAGAAAUAGAACUGUUGUAUGUAUUUGGCAUAUAUAUUGAAAAAAAAAAAACAC